CGGCAAGUGUCGUCAGAAGAAGCCGCGAUCGCACCGCAGCAAAAUGCACUCCCCGUCCGUCCUUGUGCUGUUCACCGCCGCCGCCUUCAUGCAGGCUGGGGCCUUCGAGGCCCCCGGAGGCCUCGCUGAGGCGGUUGUCGGCCUGGUCAGGGGCUGCGAUGGUCCCGGGGCCGUCACCUGCCUCCAGGGCCGCGCCGUCGACGCCCUCAGCGCCAACCUGGACAAGGAUGUCAGCCUCGGCGACUUCGUCGUCCUGUCGGCGCCACCCGCCGACGAGAAUAGGACCUCGAGGACGAUGAGGAACAAGCCGACCUCAGACCUGCUUACCAUGCUGUCCGAAUUCCUCGCGUCCAGGACCCUCCAGGUGCGCUUGCCCAAGCAGCUCAUCCCCAAGAAUCUGGAGGAAGCUCGCGGCAAGCUGAAAAAGAUGGGCGGCACCCUGUUGGCCGGUCUGAUGAUGAUGAAGGGCACCCUGGGCGCUCUGGCAUUCGGCGCCCUGGCCAUGAUCGCGGGCAAGGCGCUGCUGCUCUCCGUAAUGGCGCUGACCCUGGCCCUGAUCUCGGCGCUGAAGAAGGUCAGCCACGGACACAGCGACCACCGCCGCUCUGGCCGCAGGGCCGACGACCAGGACGACGGCAGCGAGUGGGUCGGCGCGGCCACCGUGGCCACGGACAACAAGGCGGCUGUGGCCGCCUCUGCCCACUACAUGGCCUACCGAAACCAACAGCCCUACCAAUACAAGUCAUGAGGACCAAGAGAUGAUUUAAUUUAUUUAUUUAUUGUUUAAAUUUGUAAGUGCUCAAACCAAAUCCAAGUGAAUUCUUUAUUAAUUUAUUGCAUUUCCUUCUCAAAACUUUCAUUCUCGUCAUCUUCUCCACUCUGUACAAACCUGUGACAGACUUUGUUGUGAGUCAUAAUUAAAUAAACGUGCUUUAAACCA